CUCAGUUCAGUCAUCAGUGCUCAAUGUACGCCAUCAGAGACGACAGUAAAAAGGUUAAGUUACUGUAAAUAUUCUAGCAAGAAGCGAGCGUUUGAAAUUGUUAAUUAAACUUUUUGAAGCUGAAACGAGUAAUUACUAUCAUACUUAUUUAAAAUGACCUCGGCUGUGGAAUCAAUGGUCGUCGAUGAGAAGCAACAAACAGAUAAGCCGGUCGACAGAGAAAAGACUUGCCCCCUAUUGUUGAGAGUAUUUUGCAACACUGGAAAACAUCAUAACAUCAAUGAAUAUACUAGAGGCAAUCUUCCUUCAAAUGAACUUCAAAUUUAUACUUGGAUGGAUGCGACAUUAAGGGAAAUCACAGGCUUGGUUAAAGAAGUUAAUCCUGACGCUAGAAGUAAAGGAACUUAUUUUGAUUUUUCGCUUGUUACUCCUGAAUUAAGAUCACCUGGUUACAGAAUGCGUGAGAUUGGUGUGACAUGUUCAGGUGCUAAAGGUGCAGAAGAUAAUAAAACUCUAGCUCAAGCAAGAUUCACAAUUGGAGACUACCUGGAUAUCUCUAUUACUCCACCAAAUAGAGCACAACCACCUGGCCGUCGAGGAGGAAAUUUUAGACAGUACUGACAGAAGAAAAAUAAGCUUUUAAAGUAAGGUUUUCCUGUUUCAUUAACAUUAACUUCAUGCAGUUGAUUACUUUUAUUUCUAUCAAUUCAGAGUGUUAAAUGUGGACAGAAGAUCAUUGAUUUAACUGUAAAAAGUGAUAAUUAAGAUGAACUGUAAUGCUCAGUGGACUAAAUAUGUUAUAUAUCUGCAUCAGAUGAAAUCCCGCGAAUUGCGUAUCUAUGUAAAACUAUAGCACAGCUAUUUACAGCUAUUGUAUUCAAUUUACUUUUUAAUUUUAGGAAUUAAAUAUUAUCUUAAAAUGAAA